AUGGCUCUGACGUCGUCUCAGCCGUUGCUCCAGAGCUUCCGGGCAUCCAACCUCGAGGACGUCAGCUCCGAGCUCGAGGAGAUCCUAACCGACACCCAAACGCCGUACCGCCGGCGGCUGACCGCGGCGACCAAAGUCGAGCUCGCGCUGCUCUUCAAGCUCGCCGCGCCGGCCGUCAUCGUCUACCUUCUCAACAAUGUCGUCUCCAUGUCCACACAGAUCUUCUGCGGCCACCUCGGGAAUCUCGAGCUCGCCGCCGUCUCCCUCGGCAACACCGGCAUCCAAGUCUUCGCCUACGGCCUCAUGCUCGGGAUGGGCAGCGCGGUAGAAACGCUCUGCGGGCAAGCCUACGGAGCCAGCAGAUACGAGAUGCUCGGAAUCUACCUCCAACGAUCAACAAUCCUCCUCGUCGCCACCGGAAUCCCCUUGACCGUGAUCUACAUCUUCUGCAAGCCGAUCCUCAUCCUCCUCGGCGAGCCGGCCAACAUCGCCGCCGCGGCGGCCAUCUUCGUGUACGGCCUGAUCCCGCAGAUCUUCGCCUACGCGGCCAACUUCCCCAUCCAGAAGUUCCUCCAGUCGCAGAGCAUCAUCGCACCCAGCGCGUACAUCUCACUCGUCGCGCUGGUGGUCCACCUGGCGCUGACGUGGAUGGCCGUGUUCAAGUGGCAGUGGGGCCUGCUGGGUGCCGGCUUGAUUCUGAGCUUCUCGUGGUGGCUGAUUGUGGUCCUGCAGUUUGUGUAUAUAGUGACGAGCAAGCGGUGCCGGAAGACGUGGCAGGGUUUCAGCGUCCAGGCGUUUUCCGGGCUGGGGGCGUUUUUCAAGCUCUCUGCUGCGUCGGCGGUGAUGCUGUGCUUGGAGACUUGGUACUUCCAGAUCUUGGUGCUCGUCGCCGGGUUGCUGCCCGACCCGGAGAUCGCCCUCGAUUCGCUCUCCGUCUGCAUGACGAUCUCUGGAUGGGUUUUCAUGAUCUCCGUCGGCUUCAACGCUGCUGCCAGCGUCCGGGUGAGCAACGAGCUCGGGGCCGGGCACCCGAAGGCGGCGGCGUUCUCGGUGGUGAUCGUGACGUGGUCGUCGUUCGUGAUCGCGGUGGUGGCGGCCGUCGUGGUGAUGAUUUUCCGCGACGUGCUGAGCUACGCGUUCACGGAGGGCGAGGUGGUGGCGGCGGCGGUGUCGGAGCUCAGCCCGUUCUUGGCGGUGACUCUCAUCUUGAACGGCAUCCAGCCGGUUCUCUCCGGGGUUGCUGUGGGAUGUGGAUGGCAAGCGUUUGUGGCGUAUGUGAACGUGGGUUGUUACUACAUCAUUGGUGUUCCCGCUGGGGUUCUACUUGGCAUCACAUUCAAUCUUGGAUCUAAGGGCAUAUGGACAGGGAUGAUCGCUGGCACCUUCUUGCAAACAUUGAUUCUACUUUGGACCACCUACAGGACCGACUGGAAAAGAGAGGUGGACAGGGCCAAAGAUCGGCUAACAACGUGGGAGGAUAAGAAGGAAGCUGUUGCCGAGAACGAAGAAAGAUUGUUGUCUUCUUAG